UAUAAAAGUAGCUGCACAUUUCCAUCAUCCUUACAGCACCCAGUGAACUGUGCAGAUCACUUGUUGUUGUGAAGCCAUGGUGUUGAAGUGUAGCACUGCUUGCCUUGUGGCACUGGCCUUGCUCGGCUGCUUCUGCGAGGCUCAGUAUGGCAUUCAGAAGCCUUCCACUCCUCAGAAACCGUCGCCACAAUAUCCUCAGCAGGAGAAGCAGAAUUUUGAAAAACCACUGGACUGGAAAUACCCUGAGGAGGUCAAGCCUGCAGUAAAACCUGAGGGUCCGUUUGAGCAGAGAAACCCUGUUGCAGCUCGAACCGUUGCUGUUGACUGCAGAGAGCAGUCCGCUUAUGUGGAAGUUCAGAAGGAUUUGUUUGCAAUUGGUCAGUUCAUCAAUCCCGCUGACCUCACCAUUGGAAACUGCGCAGUUUCUGGAGAAGACCGUGUGGCUCAGGUGUUGAUUUUCGAGUUCGCACUGCAGGACUGUGGAAGUCAAUUGACGCUGACAGACGACUCCCUGAUCUACUCCUACACUGUGAACUAUAAUCCCCAAGCACUGGGUACUUCACCUGUGGUGAGAACUAACCCGGCAGCUGUAAUUGUGGAGUGCUACUACCCAAGGAGGCACAACGUGAGCAGUCUUCCCCUUGAGCCCGUCUGGGUCCCAUACUCUUCAGUCAAGAUUUCAGAGGAAUUCUUGUACUUCAGUCUGACACUGAUGACUGAGGACUUCCUGUACGCAAGGCCAAGCUACCAGUAUUUCCUGGGAGAGACCAUUAAUGUGGAGGCUUCCGUCAGCCAGUACUUCCAUGUACCCCUCCGUGUUUUCGUGGACCAGUGUGUUGCUACACUUUCACCUGACUCAUCCUCCCAACCCAGUUAUGCCCUCAUCACUGAUGGAUGCGUCAUUGAUGCCCGGCUCACUGGCUCACGCUCCAGGUUCCUUUCUCGGACCUCAGAUGACAAACUUCAGUUUCAGCUGGACGCGUUCACAUUCGAGGGCAUUGACAGUGGAACGUUUUACAUUACCUGCUCCUUGAGAGCAGCACCUGUUGACGUUGGCAUUGAUGCCUCACACAGAGCUUGUUCCUACAGCAGUGGGUGGACAGAGGCCAAUGGAUUUAAUUCAGUUUGUGGUUCUUGUGAGCCUGUUGGAGUACCAUUACCCCCUGCUAAUCCAGGACCAGGAACUGGACCUGGAACUGGAAUUGGACAUGGAACUGGAAUUGGAACUGGAACUGGAAUUGGAACUGGAACCGGAAUUGGAACUGGAACUGGAAGUGGUACUGGUACCGUAGGAAAUCCAGGAAUUACAGGAAGUACAGGAGGUAGUACCAUCUGGGGUAAGCCCUCAAAGCCCUCAAACCCUGGUGGCAGGAAGAUCCGAGAAGCAGCCAAAAAGGAAGUUUUCGAAUGGCAAGGCGAGGUCAGACUGGGCCCCUUUCAGAUUGGAGAGAAGGCUAUUGCUUAACUUCAUUUCCUGCCAUGGCUGUGAUCAUCAAAAUAAACUUUAUCAUUGGUUCACAACUGUCUGUAUGCUAUUCACUUCAGUCUUUGUGGUAGUUCAGCAACCAGGGAGUAAAUGCUGUUUAAUGAAAUGUAACUUAAAUUAGAAAUAUCAAAGGCCAAAUAAAAGCAUCAAAAUAAACUAAUAUAUUCAAGAACCCUAUUUGUAAAAGUGUGACUUGUUUUCCCUUUUGUGUGAUGAUAAAUGUUACCUAUUUGAACCCCAUCACAUCAAAUAAAACUGUUUUAUUUUGAUGGAAAUAAACAUUAAAA